AAAUCUUUAUCAUAAGAGAACUGGUUGAUCUACAAUUGGAAGCAUUCACAGUGCAUCAAAAACUCUUAUGUAUUUGUUCAAAAGAUGUUAUCAUGACGUCAGGAAAAAUGAUUUAUGUAAUAUAGGAGAACUGGCUACUGUGAUGGCUCAAGUGGUUAGAACAUUGCGUGCUGCUAUACGAAGUUUAACAUUACCAAUGAGGAGUUUCGGUAGUGCCCAACCUUUGCAGGAAGCUGCUUUAGAGGAACGUUGUAUUCUUGUUGAUGAGUCGGACAAGCCUCUUGGUGAUGCUACAAAAAGAGACUGUCACAUUGUUAAUUCCGAUGGACAAGUUCUACUUCACAGAGCAUUUAGUGUCUUUUUAUUCAAUGGUAAAGGAGAACUAUUACUUCAAAAAAGGUCUCCCAAUAAGAUAACAUUCCCAAACCGUUAUACAAAUACAUGCUGUAGUCAUCCAUUAUUUGAAAUUCCUGAAGAAACUGAAGAACAUGAGGCACUAGGAAUUCGUAGAGCAGCAAGAAGAAGACUGAAUUUUGAGUUAGGAAUUCCUUUGUCAGAAAUUUUGCUAUCAGAUUUUUUUUACUUAACAAGAAUUCAUUAUCAAGAUGUGGAAGGUAUAUGGGGUGAACAUGAAAUAGAUUAUGUGUUAUUUAUACAAAAAGAUAAUGUAACAUUGGACCCAAAUCCAGAUGAAAUCAGUGAAAUUCGUUGGGUAUCAAAAUCAGAAAUCAAAGAUAUUGAGAAAAAUCUUAGUCCAUUGAGUCCUUGGUUUAAAUUAAUUCUUAAGCAUAAAUUGUCAUCAUGGUGGGAUAAUCUACAUUCAUUAGAAAAAAUGCAAGAUCAUAAAACAAUACAAAGAUUUUUAUAAUACCUUUGAACAAAGAAUUAAGUUGGAUAGCCUUAUCACACAUAACGUUAAUUAAGGUAUUUUAUUACCAUCCAAAUAUUUAAAUAAUUAAUAACAAAAGAUUUGAGGUUUGAAAUCUGUACAAGAUGAUUAGUUUUAUGCGAUAAGUUGUACACUAUAAAUAUAAUGCAGUAUAAGUACAAAGUAAAUUUGUUCAUACAAACUUGCACUUUGUAAAUAUUGAAAUAUUUAAUAUAAUUUUGAUAACUUGACUAAUUACCAUUAGACAAUUUGUAUACUUAUAUAAAUUUUGUGAAUACAUUUUUGUCAUAGGAAAAAUAAUUUUGUAAAUAUAUAGUAAACCAUGAACUAAUCUUACUUAAAUACUAUUUUCUUACUAAAAAGUGUGUAAAUAAAAAGUACGACUCAAAAAUACAAAAAUAUAAAAAUUUUAUACUGCAACGAAUGAUAAAUCUAAAACAAUUUUCUACAUCUUUAUGUUAAUGUAUCUUCCACUUUAAUCAUUAAACAAAAGUUUAUUCAUUAUUAAAAAGUCAAAGAAAAAAUGGUCUUUAUCAUGUAUUGAAUAUAAUAUUUAGAAUAAUGCAAUAAAAUAAUAGAACAUGAUCAGUAAAAUAUAAUAUAAAUAUCUCCAUUAUAGUUUCAAAAAUGUUUCAAAAGGUAUAAAAAAGGUUUAAGAAGUUUAAAAAAGAUUUUAAAGGUUUAAAAAAUAACUUCUAUUAAUUUAAAAAGUAACUUAUAUUAAUUUUUCUAUUUGAUGGUAUUUCAAAGGUUAAUAAAAAAUGGUUUGAUUUUACAGUUUAUUUGAUGUAAGGUUUCAUAACUUUAUUAUUUAUAUAUAUAUAUAUAUAUAUAUAUAUAUAUAUACAUAAUAUGCAUAAUUUAUAUUAUUUAUAUAUAUAUAAUAUGCAUCAAAUAUAUAAUAUGCAUAAUUUUUCAACUAUUCUAUGAAUAAACCUUAUUGUGUUUAUAAACUGUUAUAUGAUUAUUAAAUUCUCUUGCUGUACAAUAAAAUAUUAUAUUAUUAUGAUUGAAUAAUUUAAUGUAGAAUUAGUAUUUAAUGGUUUGAGAAAAUAUUGAUUAAAGAUAUUGAUUGAAUGUUAGAAAUGACGGAUAUCUCCAUCUUUAACUAAUAAGAGCAAAGACAAAUGUGAGUGUUCUAAAGAAAUACAAAUUUAAAAGGAACAGUCGUGCUAAAAUAUUUAAUUACAGACAGAUAAUAAUUAUGCAAUUUUAUGUCUACCUCAGUCUAUAUUGGGAAAUAUUUGUAUUCAUCUAAUAAAGGUUUUAUUUUAUUAUCAUUUAUUAA